AUGGCAGAUGAAUUGGAAGAUCUGUGUGGAAGGAUUUCUCUUACUGAUGGAGAGAAAAUUGGAAUACAGGUGGAGGAGGGAGAGAUAGCAGCGGAAAGGGAAGCGGGAGGUAAAUGCCUGAUUGGUAAGGUGUGGACAGAAAAGAGUAUUAAUAAGGAGGCAUUCCGAUCAGUACUCUCAACCGUUUGGCGUACUGCAGGAGGUGUAAAGUUCAAAGAAUUGCGAGAGACUAUAUGGUUGUUCGAGUUCACGGAUGAAGGUGAUAAACGGAGGGUGUUGGAAGGACGGCCAUGGUCGUUUGACGGGCAGAUUUUAGUUUUGAAUGAGUUUGAUGGCAGCACUCCACCAUCUCAAUUGGAGUUCAACCAAUCUCCAUUUUGGAUUCAAGUACAUGAUAUGCCUCUUCUCUGUAUGAACAAGAGUAUAGGCACUAAGAUAGGGAGUUCUCUGGGAAAACUUGAGGAUGUUGAUGUAGCAGGUGAUGGAAUGGGGUGGGGAAGCUGUUUGAGAUUACGGGUAACCAUUGACAUUACAAAGCCCCUUGAUCGUGGUAGAGCUCUCAGGCUGAAUGGGAAAUCAAACUGGGUAGAAUUCAAAUAUGAGAAACUGCCCAUGUUUUGUCUCCGGUGUGGGCGGAUAGUUCAUGGCCCGAGAGGAUGCCCAGUCCCUCCUCCGGCCAAUCGUAGUGCGGCAAAGGAGUCCAACAAAUGGGGGGUAGGACUUAGAGCCGUGGACCAGCGUAGACGAGGAUCAAGAGGAAGAUACCCGUUCAGGGAGAAGCCGGACAGAAACCCUCCAUCGGAGUCUGACGAAACGGAUGGCGGCAGAAACCCAGGGGAGCGCUAUCCUAAUAUGGAAACUUCUGGAUUUUCCGGAAACCUUACUAAGGGUAUUAAUUCAAAGGAGCCAGCUGGGAGCGGAGAUGACGGGAUAUGCAACACAGGAAAGGAAGGCGGCAACGAUAUAAGGAAAGACUCGAUGGCCUCUGAAUUGCAUGGAAUAUCUGCAAUAAAUACUCUAGAAAACCAAGCGGCUAGUGGGACACUGGAAACUUCUGGACCGGGUUCAAGUCUGGGCCUAGGGGGCCAGGGACAGAUGGGCCCAAACAAUGCAUUAGUGGGUGGAGACACGGAAGGUCAGGAAGUCACCAGCAUGGAGAUUCUACUGUCAGGGACUGCUGAAUAUAGAGGGGCAGAAGGGAAAAACGAGCCCACUGUUUUCAGGCCUGCACUGAAGACUUGGAAACGGAUGGCCAGAAGUAUAGCUAAUAACCCGGCAACAGUUCAGGUCACCAGUAAGACAAAAAGGGAUAGGAGUAAUUCCAUGGAUGUGCUAAAUUCAGAUUCAAGGAGAAUGGAGAAACGAAGCAAGAAAGUAAAUGUGCCCCAGAGCACGAGCAUGGUUUCAUUGGCGGAGGCUGUUCCACAGCCCCGCCAGGAGCCAUGA